AUGAUGGAUUUCCAAGUCACAGUCGCACCACCGUCAAAGCCUCGUGAGAAUCCAUUCGGCUCCAUCUUCCGAUCGAAGAGACAGGCCGGUCUUCCUUCUUACUGCCAGUGCACGACUCCAACGGUCAACUGCCCACCUGGACCUCCUGGACCUCCUGGACGACCUGGAGCACCUGGACAGCCCGGAUCACCUGGCCAACCUGGUAACGACUGCCCAGCUGGUCCUCCAGGACCACCCGGACCGAGUGGAGCUCCUGGAAACAAAGGACCUAAUGGCAACCCAGGACGUCCUGGAGGUCCCGGAAAUGAUGGUGGUCCAGGUCCAGCUGGACCUCCCGGAGAUGCUGGAGCACCAGGAAAUCCUGGAUCUCCUGGACAGCCUGGACAGCCUGGAAGUCCUGGUACAACUGGAAGAGGAACUCCUGGACUUCCAGGACCUGCUGGACCAACUGGAGCUCCAGGAAAGAGCUGGAGGACGCGGAAAUGA